UUUUCAAUGAGCUCCAUUGUUAGCUUGAAAGUUGAAAUACUUGAGUCAAGCAAGCGUUGCUGCUGUAUGUUCUCUGAAGUACCGAAUAGUACCACAAUUUCAUUUAUGGUCAUUCUUGAUGCGCAGUCGCUUCUUGCAUGUGCAUCAACUAGGUGUGGAGGUGUACUGCCUUAGCAAGCACCAUGGCCUACUGCAGCGUGACCAGCACGCAAGAACGAUUCGCAAACUGUUUAUCAAAUUUUCAAAUACACGAUUUGUUGGUAUUGAAAAAGUCGAUGGAGCUGAUGGUGCACACAGAGGGCUACAAAACGGAUGCGGCCGAGGACUUUGACAGCUGUGGUAGCACGGCUGAUGGACCCCAGCGAAUGGCUUUAAUGGCGGCCGAUCGGGGCGAUCGUGGAACAUCGGGCGCUGGCUCCUCGCAUCCGUGGCAAAGUGAUCCUGUUGCCAGUUGGACUGAGGAGAAACCAUCCAAGCUGCAGACCCUGUUUCAAAUCAGCAUCACUGCCCUGGCCUUUCUCUCAUUUGGCGGCUACCUCCUGUGCCUCAUAGUGCAAGCGAUCAAAAGCAAAGGCACAACAUAUUUUCAUCCGGUUGCCACAGCUACCACAACGAAUACCAAUGGGAGUGUGAAGCGCAUUAAGAUUUAUAGGCGCAGUAGACGUAGGCGCAACAUCGACAAUGGUCACAUUCACAUUUCAAAUUUACUCUUGGCCGACUAUGCGACAUAUAUGAAAUCAGUGCGUGCUCAGCAAUUGCGCUAUAAUGCUCACCUGGUUGGAUCAUAGAUCUGAUUGCCACGAUGCG